AUGGCUUCGAGGAAACUGAGCGAGCGGCAGAAGGCGCUGUUCGAGGAGGGGGCGGCGCUGGUGCUGACGCGCUGGACAGCGCUCAACCUGGCGGUCGAGAAUGGGUUCGGGGGCCCAAGGAGCGCCGACAAGGCGGAAGAGAUGUGCGGGGACGUCCUGUACUGGUUCGAGGUCACGAAAA